UAUCAUUUUUUUUUAAUUUUGGGAAAAGCUGAGGGAAAAAAAAGCAGGGGAACUGGUGAAUGAACCAUCAAUUUCUUCCUCUGCCUUCCAUCCAUUUCUCAAAACGUGGGUUUUCCUUUAAAAAUCUUCGCUCCAUAAUCUUCUCCCCCCCUGAAUCCAAUCCCCAUUUGCAGGGACGUCUACGAAUCCAGUCCUCCUCCAAUAUCUAGGGUUUCGAAUCCCUCCCCUUUCUCCUCUGGUUUCCUUUUUUGCAUUCGUUCCCUCAGCUGACUCUCCUUGGAGAAAAAGCUGAGUUGGUGAUGAUGAUGGUAUAGAUAGGCCGGAGGAAUCUUUGUUCACUUUUUUUGCCACCCCGCCUUUAAUUUCUGCUUCUGUAACAGAGAAUAUAUAAAAGGAGGGGGUUUGGGGUUUCCGUUUAUCUGAUUCUGAUCCAAUUGGAGGGCUUGGCUUGGUUUGGGCGUAGGAUUCGUCUCUUCUUUUGACUUGGAUUCUCUGCGCCCGAGGUGUUCAUUGAUUUCUUCCCCGCUCUCUCUUUUAGCAGAAGGGAAAAGACGAGGAAAGUUGGCUGCUUUACUUUGUUUUCUGCAAUUUCGUUGCUUUUAUUUGUGGGGUUUUAGAGAGAUAGGGCCGAGGGGAAAAGGGGAUGUGGGAAUGCUGAUGAUAAUGAUGUGGAGAUAGAGAUUGGGGAGGUAAAGAAAGACAAAGAGCGAGAUAGUUGAAAGAGAUGUUGGCAAUGGAGAAGGAUUUUGAUUCAAAGCUAAGGAUUCCAGGCGGGGGCGGCGGUUCUGUUACUAGCACCACCUCUUCAACGUCUUCUGCUGGUAAUAACAAUAGUGCUAGUAAUGGGAACCCACCGAGAUCUAAGAGUUUUGCUUUUAGGGCACCCCAGGAGAAUUUCUCCAUUCAGGAUUUCGAGCUGGGCAAGAUCUAUGGCGUUGGUUCUUAUUCAAAGGUGGUGAGGGCCAAAAAGAAGGAUUCUGGAAUUGUAUAUGCGUUGAAGAUCAUGGACAAAAAGUUCAUCACAAAAGAAAAUAAAACAGCUUAUGUGAAGUUGGAAAGAAUAGUGCUUGAUCAAUUGGAUCAUCCAGGAGUUGUUCGCCUGUAUUUUACUUUUCAAGAUACAUUUUCCUUGUAUAUGGCACUUGAAUCCUGCGAAGGUGGAGAACUUUUUGACCAAAUAACUAGGCCGGAGAACUUGCUUCUAACAGCGGAUGGACACAUAAAAAUUGCUGAUUUUGGAAGUGUGAAACCAAUGCAAGAGAGUCGCAUUACUGUGCUUCCAAAUGCAGCUUCUGACGAUAAAGCUUGUACAUUUGUGGGCACAGCUGCAUAUGUACCUCCAGAAGUCCUCAAUUCUUCCCCUGCAACAUUUGGAAAUGACCUAUGGGCACUUGGAUGCACAUUGUACCAGAUGCUUUCAGGAACUUCUCCGUUCAGAGAUGCAAGUGAAUGGCUUAUAUUUCAAAGAAUUAUAGCCAGGGAUGUAAGGUUUCCUGAUCAUUUUUCAAAAGAAGCUAGAGACCUCAUAGAUAGAUUGUUGGACACUGAACCUGUAAGAAGACCAGGUGCUGGCCCUGAUGGUUAUGCAACUCUCAAGAAGCAUCCUUUCUUUAAAGGAGUUGACUGGGAUAAUUUAAGAUCACAAACCCCUCCGGAACUCGCUGCUGACCCAACUGCACAGUCAGGUGAUGGUGUUGAGCCUGAUUCAUGGAAUCCUGCACAUGUUGGUGACUGCUCAGGUCCAAAUGAUGGGAAUGUUCCUACUGCUUCAUAUUUAGCUGAAGGAUCUGGUCACAUAACACGUCUUGCCUCGAUUGACUCGUUCGAUUCUAAAUGGCAACAGUUUUUGGAUCCUGGGGAGUCUGUAAUUAUGAUCUCCAUGGUGAAGAAAUUACAGAAGUUGACAAGCAAGAAGGUGCAGCUUAUCCUCACCAACAAACCGAAGCUGAUCUAUGUAGACCCUUCAAAGCUUGUGGUGAAGGGCAAUAUAAUCUGGUCUGACAAUUCUGACGACCUCAACAUCCAAGUCAUCAGCCCUUCAAAUUUCAAGAUCUUUACGGUAAUUGUGGCUUUUCCUUCCUCCAAGACCCUAACCAAUUUAACCUUUGCAUGUUUCACACCUCACUCACAUAGCAAUGCUUCUACCAUUUUGGAUGUCUGUGUUCUAUCAUUUUCUCGUUCCAGCCGAAGAAGGUACUGUCAUUCGAAGACGCGAAACAGAGAGCGUCGCAGUGGAAAAAGGCGAUCGAGAGUCUACAAAACCGGUGAGAGAAUCUGAUCCCAUCUCUCGCGGAAGCCAUUUGUAAGUUUUGAAGUUGGUACAGAGUACAGAGCAAUUAACAUAGAUGACAGAAUGGUGAGGUGGGAGAAGAUAGAUUCCUUAUUCAAAUUGAAGCCUCCCACAGAAGCUAAAGCUUCAUUGUUACUAUUUUUUGUCCCCUAAAAAUGAAAGAGAUUACUACUGGUUCAAGAGCAGGAUCUGUUCUCCCUGAAGUUGGUUUCUGUACACAAUACAAUGCAGGGGAAUCUAGUUUUGGCAUGAAGUUGGCCCAAGGGGAUAUGAGUUUUUUCUGUUUUUCCUUUUCCUUUUCUUCUUCCUUUUCGUGAUUUUUUACCUGACUUGUUACACAAUACACUAAUGUAUUUAUGUAACAUUACAGCAAGGCCGCAAUGGUAAUAUAUAUUUUCAGGUGAGGAGGAUUCUUCAUUCUUUGAAGCUGUUCUUGUUGUCAGGGUUCAUUUUACCUGUGAUCUUAGCGAUUCAAAACAACAUCAUUAACCUCAGGUAUUGACCAUGCGGUCCUCUCCGACGCCACGGUUCCAUAAACUGCCCCUGUUUUGGCUCUGUUUCUGGUUAGCACUCUGUUCCGCCUCUGCUGCUGCAACAUCCCGGCCGGCACCGGACCAAAAGGCGCGGGCUUUGAAUCUGAUUAACCGGAGAGGCCCCUAUCUGGGUCUCAUCACUGUCUACCCGCCGGAAGAAACUGCUUUCUUCUCCACCGGAGCUUUCAUUCCUGACCCUAAACUCCCUUUUCUCGAUCUCUCAGGCCGAAGAUUCCAGAUUGGAACUGUCCACGGCCAGCGAGUCGUCUACGUCCGAUGUGGGAUCGGAAUGGUGAACGCCGCGGCGGCGACGCAGCAGAUGGUGGACUCGUUCGUGAUAUCAGGAAUCGUCCAUUUCGGGAUAUCGGGAAACUUGAACAACUCCAUGAAUAUUGGAGAUGUCUCUGUUCCCGCUCAGAUUGCCGACACUAGCCUCUGGAAUUGGCAGAACCCAGAUGCGAAUUUGGAUCCGGAAGAUAUCGCUCACCUGGAAAUUGGGAACUUCAAUGUGCCAGUCGGAGACGGAGUGAACCAGUUGGGGCAAAUCGGGUACAGCCAGGAGCAGCUCUACUCGUCUUCCUCGCUGCUGCCCAAUACUCCGGCGACCGUGCUCUGGAUGAACGUUACCCGCCGGUGGCUUCAUCUCGCCGCCGCAGCUGUCCAGGGGAUGGAGCUAGAGCAGUGCGUGAAUUCAACGACGUGCCUCGACGAGAAGCCGAAGGCGGUAAUCGGGCUGAGAGGCUCCACCUCCAACAUCUUCGUGGACAACAAGGCUUACAGAGACUUCCUAUUCCAAACUUUCAAGGUUUCUUCCGCUGACAUGGAGAGCUCUGCUGUUGUCAUGACGUGUUUGUCAAAUGGGCAACCUGUGAUCGUGAUAAGGGGGAUGUCGGAUUUGGCUGGGAACCAAUCGGGGCACAAUCCGAUUCGGACUUUCGGCAGCCUUGCUGCUCUCAACGCUGCCAACGUUGUUCUGAAGUUCAUCUCGAAGCUGAGAGGACGAUCCUAUGCUGGAUCAAUUUUGGGCACGCUGUUGUAGCCUGGGAUCGGGAUGGAUCGCGAGCUGUGUUUUGGUGUUUGUAGUAAUUGACUGAUCUCGUGGAUCAGAAUGAUUGAAUGCAAUUGAAUUUUUUGUUGAGGCUUCUGAUUUAUUUGGGGAUGAUGUUUGUUGCAAUUCAACUAUGUAUUGAAUUGUAUGAACUCCUGUUUAGUGUUAAUAAAGGAAGCCACAGACAAUCAACAUUUGAUAUUCAUGGAUUCUCCCUUCUUUCAUCUCUU